CCCCGAUUAGCCUUGCUCGAUUUGGAUUUCUUCGCAGGGAAGCUAUCCUUUGUCCGCCCGCAAGAUUCCCCCAUGCCUAUUGUCUCGUUCGGCUUGGGAUCGCCGGAGAGGGGGUUAACCCGGAACUGCAACGAGCUCUUUUUUUCUUCCUUAUGUGUGAGGGGGGUGCCCUUGGAUCGCUCCUCUCAGUCGCAUGUCUGCCCGCUCUUCUCCACCACAGCUUCUACAUCGAUUCUGACUGACCAUCUACCGACCGAGAUGCGGAUGCUCACCACAAUCAAUACGAGAUCAUGUUGGAGCCAAGUCCAAAUGUGCACUUGGAAAAAGACGACAGCUAUCUGCCCGAAGUCUGGGCUUGGUACGCCAUCGGCGUCUUCAUAAUUCUCCUGCGAUUCGCGGUUCGUAUUCGUACCGUCGGGAUUCGAGGCUUCCGCGGCGACGACUACUUGGCUUUACCUGUGAGUUAUUGGAAGAGCACAUCCACCAAAAUUGACCAUGACAUUGAUGCGUUGCAGUAUCUCGUGUUAUACAGCAUCAAUGUUUACGUAGUCCAAAUCUGCUAUUACACAGGGGCCAAUAUCGACAUUACUCCAGAUGCAGUCCCGUCGCUAUCGGAUCACGAUGCUGCAGUUCUCCAGCUGGGAUCGAAGUUGGAGUUCAUGUCCUGGUACACAUACCCUGGCUGCAUCUGUAAGAAGCCUUCCCUACACCCAAGUUGACACACUGGCCUAAACCAGAAUUCUUAGGGGUCCUGAAAUUCACCGUGCUAUUCUUCUACAAGCGUCUAACACUCGGAAUCCUACGAAGACGAAGUCUGGUCGCGCUAUUCUGGAUCUGCG